AUGAGCCAGCCCUACCCCAUUGACCUGCGCGUCCCCGGUGACAAAGAUUAUGCCGGACGCUCUGAUCCUGAACAACAUGUUAACUCGUAUUACGGUAACAUGCUUAUGAUGGUGGUGUCGGAGGCCGUCAUGUGUCGGGCAUUCUAUUCCAUGUUGACCGGAAGAGCGGCAGAGUGGUUCAGAACCUUGGAACCAGAGUCCAUUUCCAAUUUUCGAGAAUUGGCUUGGAAGUUCGUUCAAAGGUUCGCCAUGUCUAAAACCGUUAAGAAACACUUUACUCACCUAGAAAAUGCCAAGCAGCGGGAGGGAGAGCCACUAUCCGUUUUCAUCGAGAGAUGGAAGAUUGCGAUGACGGAAAUCGAUCCGGUCGACGACGCCACGGCGAUUAAUUUGUUACUGGCAUCCCUGCGGGCCAGAAAUAUGUACCAGGACCUAAUCCUCCGACUGCCCCUCUCUUACGAGGAUGCCAUUCGUAGAGUGGUUGAACACGCCACGGCCACAGAAGCGAACUCGGUCAAAAGGAUGAUGGAGACAGGAGGACCGAGGAGAGAUCAAAAUCAGAGAGAUCGAUGCCCUAACACCUAG